CCCGUGAGUCUAUAAGAAAGAGAGGCUUCUUUCCUUCUCUUUCGCUCUCGUGAGUCUAUCUACUCGAGAGAGAUGGAAGAAGAGAAGGGAAGAAGGGAAGCUCACCCUCUCCUAAGAGGAGGAAGAAGACAAGGAAGUUAUAGUCAUGGGUUCUCUUCGAGAGAGAUGCAAUCACUAUCAGCCAUUUGUGGGACCUUUAUACCCUCUAUCCCAGUAGAAAAACGCCACGUAGGCAGCAGGGAGGACCCACCAAGCAAGACCAUCGAAGCCUUCUACCUUGCCUCUGGAUCUCAGCAUCCCAUCCCAGAUGAGGUAGCAGAGCUAAUGAAAAAGAGAGGAUUGUCAGAAGGUGUUUGGCUGGCAAGAAUGGUACUGUGGAUGUUGGGGACCAGAUUGGGAACAUUGAUACUAUGUGGGGGUGCUUCCUGUAGUUGGAAAUUCCCAUUCCUACACACCUUCUCAGAUCUAUGUGUGGAGAAGAGAGAGGAGAUAUUGAAGAGAUGGUCUGCCCAAAGGAGUGGGCCCCUCUUUCUCCCACCCUUCUUGAGAGUUGUCUUUGUCAUGCUCAAGAUCUUCUGCUUUUUCACCUUCUUCUCUUUGACUAACGAAAAUUCCAAAAACCCAACAUGGAAUGCAAUUGGAUACAGCACAGACAAUGAUGAAAAACCAUCCAAAACCCAAAGAGAGAGGCCUCUGCAGAAGGGAAUCAUAGACACUGCAAAUCAAACCGAAUCAUCCCUACUCACCUCGCUUGCCCAGAAAGGCCUAAAAGUCACAAAAGAUCCUUCCUGCAGCGUCUACAAGCUCGAAUGUGAUGUAGUUGUGGUUGGCUCUGGUUCUGGCGGGGGAGUCGCAGCCGCAGUUCUCGCAAGCUCUGGCCAUAAAGUUGUCAUUCUAGAGAAAGGGAACUACUUCACACCUGAAGAUUACUCUCUUCUAGAGGCACCUUCCAUGGACCAAAUGUAUGAAUCAGGCGGAAUUCUAUCUACCCUCGAUGGGAAGGUGAUGCUAUUAGCUGGGUCAACAGUAGGUGGUGGCUCAGCUGUGAACUGGUCAGCCUGCAUAAAGACGCCACGGCCCAUCCUUAAGCAAUGGGCAGAAGGUAACAAACUCCCACUCUUUGGGAGUCCAGACUAUCUUUCAGCUAUGGACACCAUCUGCAAGAGGAUGGGAGUUGUGGAGAAUUGUACAGAGGAAGGAUUUCAGAAUCAAGUUCUUCGAAAGGGGUGUGAGAGUCUUGGUCUGGAAGUAGAAUACGUGCCACGGAAUUCUUCAGAGCAUCACUACUGUGGCUCUUGCUGUUAUGGUUGUAAAACAGGAGAGAAACAAGGGACGGAUGCUACUUGGCUGGUUGAUGCUGUAGAUCAUGGUGCAGUGAUCUUGACAGGAUGCAAAGCUGAGAGAUUUAUAUUAGAAAAUAACAAGCACAGCAAGAAGAAAGAGAAGAAAUGCUUGGGAGUUGUUGCAAGAAGCUUGAAUAAGAAUAUCACAAAAAGACUGCAGAUUCUAUCAAAAAUAACUAUUUCUGCAUGUGGGUCUCUCUUAACACCUCCUCUUAUGAUCUCUAGUGGGUUGAAGAACCCAAACAUUGGCAAGAAUCUUCAUCUCCACCCCGUUUUGAUGGUAUGGGGAUACUUUCCAGACUCAAUAUCAGAUCUGAGGGGCAAAAUAUUCGAGGGAGGGAUAAUUACAUCAUUACAUAAAGUGGUUGCAGACGAUUCGAGAGUUCGGGCUGUUAUAGAAGCACCAGCACUUGGGCCUGCAUCAUUUUCUACACUGUUCCCUUGGGUGUCUGGACUACAGAUGAAGGAGAGUAUGAUGAAGUAUGGGCGGACCGUGCAUCUGUUUCCCCUUAUCAGGGACCGUGGGUCUGGAGAGGUGAAGGAAGAGGGGAGGAUAAAAUACAGACUUGAUAGAUUGGAUAAGGAGAAUAUAAGGGAAGGAUUGCGGAGGGCAUUAAGGAUUUUGGUCGCUGCUGGAGCUGUUGAGGUGGGUACGCAUCGUUCUGAUGGGCAAAGAAUCAAAUGUAAAGGGAUGAGGGAAGAGGAUUUUGAGGAGUUCUUGGAUGGGGUUACUGUAGAAGGUGGGGUAAGGUCAAGGGAAGAGCACUGUAACCUCUACUGUUCUGCUCAUCAGAUGGGGAGUUGCAAGAUGGGUAGCAUUGAGGAAGGAGGGGUUGACGAGAAUGGGGAGAGUUGGGAAGCAGAAGGGCUGUUUGUAUGCGACGGGAGUGUUUUGCCAAGUGCACUUGGAGUCAAUCCCAUGAUCACUAUCCAAUCAAUUGCCUACUGCCUCUCAAAAAGGAUGGCAGAGUCAUUGAGGAGCUGAUUGAAGAAAUUGUGUGAAAUAUCAAAGGGUUUGCCCUUUUUUUAUUAGUAAUUUAGUAUUAUGUCUCAGUGGACAGUAUCAAGAUUUACGUAAUAGUGGGUCAUGAGAGUUGGUUAUUCAAGUAUUUCACAGGUUCUUCAUAGUUUUCA